CUACCAGUAAUACAACUAGCAUUAGCAAUUAAAACAAAUUCAAGACCAGUAUACGAAGUAAUAAACGAACAAACCAAAUCAGACGAGAGAUUAAUCAAAACAAGUGCUGUCGCCAACUUACCUUAUGGCAACCCUUUAGCUGGUAACUCACAACAGAAUGCUAAACUACACGCACAUAACCAACAAGCAAUGUUCAACGCUGAAAGGAUACGACAACACAAAGCGCAAUUACAACAGCAACAAAAAUGGCUUAAAACGCCACGAGUACACAAUUAUAUGUUAACACAAGAAUCUCAAGAAAACCAUCAAUUAGCGAUAGAAAGAGCACAAGCAGAAUUAAACGAUGAUUUAGAUUCUAUGAAAACAAAAGAGAAUGAUGUAUUAAAAGAGAAACAUGAAAGGAGAAGGAAACACAGAUCAUACGGCACUGAAAAUACUUACGUAAUAAAUGAACAAAUAAAACCAAACACAAUCAACGAAAUGGCAGAAACAAGUAAUAGAUACCAAGAGAAUCCAUCUCAGAGAUACCCAGUACAAGAUAUAGAAACACUUAAUUCAUUAUUAAAUAAAAACCCUAACCAACAAUUAACUGAAUUCAAUGCUUUAAUAAACAAUCCAAAAAUCAAUAUUAACCAUGACAAAGAAUUAGAAAGACCUAUUGAUUUAUAUUUUCAUAUAAAAGGAACAACUAAAAACCCCUUACCAGAACAUACCAGAUAUGCUCAAAUACCAAUAAUACAAGAAACUUAUAAAUAUAUACCAAUGAAAGAAAACGAAUCAGACGACCCUAAUCUACAACAAAGAAAUAUGGAACUAGAAACAAAAAAAUUACAAUACAACACAGAAUUAAAUCACAUAUUUAAUGCAAUAUAUAAUCCUUUACAUCAAGAAUAUAAAAUAAAAGAACAUAAAGCAUUAAAUUAUGUACCAGAAUUCAAUCAAAAUACAGAUAUAACAGAUUUACAAAGAUAUUUGCAGCGUAACAAAGGUGUACAUUUCAACAAAGAUGGCGGUGAAAUAUUUGACAAUUUUAACUACGCAUCAAGCUACGAGUUCGGUUACAGAGUACAUGACAUGCACAGCGGAAAUAACUUCGGUCACCAAGAAGAGAAGAAAGGAGAAGAGACGAAUGGACAAUAUCACGUUCUUCUACCUGACGGGAGAAUGCAGAAUGUAAUCUAUUCAGCAGGUCCUGAAGGAUUUCAUGCAGAUAUUACUUACGAUGGUAGAAAAUAAAGUGUGUCUAAAAUUGUAAAUUAUUACUGCAGUAUGUACCAAUCUUUAACAAUAUUUGGAGGGUUUCGUAUUUCCAGAUUUGUAUACUACGAGGUUACGACUCGUAAUAAUCGAUUAAAAGUAUCAUUUGUAACCGAGUAACAAUUACAAACCGUUCCACGCUUACUUACCCUUGUGCAGUGGAAUCUAGUUGUAGUUAGCAAGCAAUGUGGUCACAUUUUAACGUAAUUAUGUCUUGAAAUGGCAAUAAAAAAAUUAUGUUGCGUAAAACUUGUAAAUUACUAUAGUUAAAGAAUAAUAACAGAAAUAAAUAAU